GUACAUCCUAAAAAUGAGGCCAAAUUAAAUUUUGGUUUCAGAAAAGAGAAUUGAACUCAGACAAUAGGUCACAAUGAAGUUUCGAAGCCAGAAGAUUCCAUGAAUUCUAAGUGGCCUUCCCAAAAUUUAAAAUUCAAGAUAAGGAAUAUCGCAUUGUCAUUAUAAUGAAUUGGACGUUGUCAUACUGAAUCAUGGAGUCACAUCCUUGCAUUCCUGGGCAAAUAUUUGGUACAAGUCUGGCUUCUCAAUCUCAUCAGCAUGCUGGUCUAAAAAGAGCAAGGACGAAAAUGGCCACUAAAAUCCCUAACUUAGUAACUACUCUAAAGAGUAAGUGGCUAUCUAUCUUUCCAUACUACUGUUCAUAUUUCAUCUUCAAGGUAGAAGUAUUGCGAACAUACCAUUAAGGUAAUUAUCGUCUAGAAUACUCCAACAGCCCAGCCACUGAAGAAUAUUGCGAAC